AUGUCGCGUCAAUAUUUCGACGAUCCGUAUGGAUCAUCGCGUCGUCGCGUAACCAUUCCAUCCCAUCAACCAUCGGAUAGUUCAUCUCGACGAAAUGUACCUCCAACAUCGAGAGAUUAUGCUUUUCCAUCUACCAUUCAAAUCAAUCGAGAGAGAAAUCCUCCGCCUCCUCCGCCCCAUCAUUAUCGUGGAGAAUAUUCUCAUUCCGAUGGAUAUACAAAUUCGACAAGAUCAGCAUCCAAUGGAAUGAAUAAUUCAUCGAAUGAUCCACCACAUCGACGAUAUCAAUUAGAGGCUCCUUCUACUCAUUCACAUGUACGAUAUCCUCAAUGGCAUCAUGACAAUCAUCAGGAUCUUUCUUCUUCAUCUGAUGAUCAUUAUUUUAAAAGUCAACAACCACCGUCAAACCAUUCCUCGGCUUUCCCAUCAUAUCGUUAUGAUCAAGAUUAUCCAAGAUAUGAAAGAAAUUCUGAUCAAUACGAUCGAAGAUAUCACCAACAAGAAACUUAUCCCUCUCAAUCCUAUCCAUUACAUUCAAAUCAUCGAUCGGUAGACGUUUCUUCAACACGUCAACAUUCGAAUCCCGUUCAAUCUUCUGAUCAUCCUUCAUCUUCUUCGCAUACUCUUCCAAUCCAUCGGUCUUCUGAUCCUCCAAUGUCAUCCUUUCCACAACCAUCUAGUUCAAUGCAACUUCAUCAUCCGGCUUCUCUUCUAACUCAUUUCCUUCAAAAUCUUUUUGGCGGGCAUAGUCCAUCAUUCAAUGAUAAUGAUGAUGAUUAUCAUUCACCUCUAGCUCCAAUCGAUCUAAUUGCUUUUGCAUUGAUGAUGCAAAGACCUAAUGUUCUUGCUGUUCCUGCUACUCUUCAUAUUCACUUGGGUGAUCUAUUCGAUUUACUUGCUCAUGAUGAAACACCUUCCAUUGGUCUAUCUGACAGUGAUAUUGAACGUAUACCAACGACGACCUAUCGAAAAACAAGUAAAUCGAAAUCUACUGAUGAUAAGUGUGCAAUUUGUUUAAGUGAAUAUAAAACCGGUGAUACUGUGAAAGUUUUACGAUGUAAACAUUUCUUUCAUCCUGAAUGUAUUGAUCCAUGGCUAAAGACUUCAAAUCAAUGUCCAAUCUGUCGUGGUACACAAACUAACUAA